AUGCGCAUUUCAAGAAGAUGCAAGUCCCCAAGAACGGGGAAAAUAGUCAAAAUACUCAGGUCACUGCGACUAACAAUUCUAAGCCCAUCCUCGGGAGGGUUAAAGCUUCCACAGGUUGCGGCUCAUUUGGUCCCCUUAGCCAAAUUUCUACUUGACCUGCUCCUCAGGGUCCUUCGACCUCUAAAAAGAGGACACUUGAGCCCAAGAAGACCAAGACUCUCGAACCAAGUCACCCGAUGGGCCUCAACAAGGGCCAUCGAGCCACACCCUAACUUUGGACAUGCGUCGGUUGGGGAUCAUGAAUUUGACCGAAACUGCUACACGGCCCACCACCUGGCAAAGGUCAAGGCAAAAACACACACACUUACACAUAGUUUGCCCUAUCCUCUCUUCCGUCGCCUCCAUUCACAUACUCUGCAGAAAUUCUGUCGCUUCCAUACGUUGACGCUGCACACAUCACACGAGAUUCUCAAGUCCCAGUGUGGUCACAACCUCUCGUUGCCUCCGCCCACGCCUUCCCCAUCGUCUCCACACGCGGCGAACAAUCUCUUUCCUCCGAUUCGCGGUCCUUCGCCAACGCCUCCGCCUCCAGCCUCGUUUGCAGCCUUUUUUAUUAAGUCUACAGGCAUGAGGCAACAAAUAUAG